CACGUGGGGUGCAUUACGGCCAACUAAAGGCGAUAAGGCGAUAAGGCGAUAACCCUAUCCUAUAAGCUGUUGUUGGCUGGUGGCGAUGCUCUAGCCCUUGAGGCGAUGUCGUGCCAUCUAAAUAAGAUCAUGACCGUUAACAGUAAUUCUGCUCCCCCUCAGCUGGUAUCUAUCAGCCUGAGGCUCCCAGAUCGUCCUAGUUUGACCUUCCUGUCCCCAAGUCUUGUCAAUGAAGAACGUCGAUAAUGGUCAAUGCGUGGCCUUGCUGAGUGGGACGAUAGCCGUGAUCGAUACCGCGAAGGCUGUCGUACCUAGUGUCCUCGUGCAAAGCAUUCUUUCUACAAUUUCAAAUAUCUUGGCCAUCGCAAAGAAUACCCUGCAGAACGAAGGCGAUUUUCGUGAUUUGAUUAAACACUGCCGAGUGAUAUGUGAUGUUGUCGUAAGCGCUACGGAAGAUCAGACUGAUGGCGACUUGGACAGUGAGCUCAGUGACAUCAUUAUCAAUCUUAAAAGCUUUGUCCAAAGCAUUCACGAGGCAGUCGUAUCUGCAAAUGAGCGCAACGUCGCCCAGAGAGCUAUUUCCGCGCUGUCCGAUAAGGACAGAAUCGCGUCUUGGGCGCGGGAAUUAGAUAGGCGCGUGUUGCUUAUUAACAUGCACCUGAGCAUGAUAACCCAGCGUCGAAUAUAUCAACAGAGCAGACAGGUCAAUAGACCGAGCGUGUCUACCGCAUAUGAAGACUGGCGCGUUGUCCUCCCGAGUGUACCUUCCCCUUUCUUUGGAAGAGAUCAUCUCAUUGUCCAUAUUACGGAAGCACUUCUCAAACGACGUCAUGUCACGCUUUUCGGUCCAGGAGGUAUCGGCAAGACCUCCCUUGCAAAAGCUAUCAUCCACGACUCAGUUAUAGCUGAGAGGUUUCAAGGCCGUCGGUACUUUGUAUCGUUUGAUGAACUUGAUGCCUCUCGGAUAUCCGCAGGAACAGUCAAGGAGCGGAUUUGCAGAGCCGCCGGAUUGGACGGGCGCCUCAGUGAGCGGUGGGAAGAAGUGAUAGAAUUCCUGACAGGCGCAGACACAAUCCUGGUCAUCGACCAUGCAGAUGCUCUUACCUGCAGCUCGAAACGCAAACUCCCAAACACACCGCAACCUUACCUUGUCACACAAGUUGUGAGCGUUUCGACAUUAGAACGCAAGUACGCGAGGAAGACUUUCGAGUGCGUGUGCACGCAACACAUUCCCGCAGAGAUAAUCGAUGAAUUGUUGGAUGGUGUCGAUAACCAUCCAUUAUCGAUCAAUAUCAUUGCUCGUCAGACGGCUCAACAUGAAUGGUCUGGGGCAGAACUACUUUCCGCAUGGAAAACAAACCAAGCAGCGCUCCUAGAGAACGGCGAAAGAAAAUCUCACAGCCUUCGUGCUACAGUCGAACUCUCUUUGAAUGCUCCCUCGCUUCUCGAGAUCAUCGCUUUUUUCCCGCAGGGCCUCAAUACUUUGAGGGUGAAAGUUCUUUAUCCUUCUGCGACUGGAAAUCGUUUCACUAUGUUGACGCCCGUGCGACUGUACUUGGGCCACAAAGCGCCAAACCCUGAUGCAGGGUUUCUGAAUACGAUCAGGAACAUAUACUACAGAGAGCUCUCCGGUCCCAUCGAACAACGUCGAGCUCUCGUUGAGGCCGAAGAUGUCAAUGUCGAACGCCUUAUUGACUUCGACUUCAGCAGGGCCGUCAAUUUAGACGACAGUCACCAUGCUUGUGCAUCAUUCCUAGACAACCUCGCAAUAUGCAAAACCUCGGAACUUCCAGUGAGGUCCUCGGGGAUCCUUGCCAAAAUCACUAUUUCAUCCCGCAAGAAGGCCUUACUUGUGAACACGUUGACGUCUACCUUUCUGAGAACGCUUUUUUUUGUCAAUCUUCAGAACAGCACACUGCCCACUGAGAAUCUACGUACAUCAACGAAUCCUAGACGUUUACGCCAAUUGCAAACUGCUGCACGACGACCAUUCCUGCGCAUUAAUCGUCAACCAUUGUUAACCACCACCCCUACAGCCACGAUCAAACAUAUUCACUCUUGUGCAUCUCUUCCAUCAUUUUAUUCUCUUCUGCAGAGCACCGUGGUAAUUUGCCCACACAAAAACUCGAAUAGUAGCCCUGUCGCCUUUGUGCAGGUGGAUCUCAACGCUUCGUAUGGUGCAGCGGCAAUUGGAAUCGAGUUUGGUAUCCGCGCCACCCCAACAUUUCUGUUCUUCGUAGGAGGAAUGAAGGUAUAUGAAAUACAAGGAUGCGACGUUCAACAACUGCGAAUGCAGCUUUCAAUGUUUUUACAUCCAGGUUUGCUGAAUUUGACUUGUUAUACAUCGCGUCCUAGCUAACACCAUUCAUCAUGCCAUAGUUCAUCCACACUUAUCGUUGUCCUUUCCAGCUUUGGACUUGCUGGGGCUUAAAUCCAUUCUAUUCGAUAAGGUUCCUGAUCUUGCUGCUGUCUCAGCGAAGCUGAGGAGUUUCCUUGAUUCUGCUACAACCUGGUUCCAGCCUUUCGAUACCUCCCUAUCCAAAGCCGAUACCAUAGGGAUCCUCUUUGGGACCGUGAUUCCGUACGUCGAGGCGUUCACCACCUCGCGAUGCUUGCCUCCGCACCCUCUUUUUGAUCUUUGGCAUGACGCCACGACUUCUAUGUCGUGGAAUAUGCCAGAAGACCAACUAUUUCCACUGGUGGAUCUAUGGCGGAUAGCACUCCGCAACGAAAAGGUCUCCUCUUGGUGUGCCGAUCGUAAUGGUCUCGACAGCCCCCCUGUGCUGCUGUUGUCUAAGGCGUGCGAAC